GAAAAAAUGUUCCCAACACAAGCUAAUGGUCUAAUUGAGAAGCCGUAUACCCGCAGUCCCUAAGGCAGCAUGCCCCAUUUCAAUAGCUCCAUCUUCAGGCCCUCAGUGCUGACCCUGAUUGGGAUUCCUGGCUUGGAGUCGGUGCAGUUCUGGAUUGGGAUUCCUUUCUUUGGCAUGUACAUCAUCGCUCUUUUGGGGAAUUUUCUGCUCCUUGUUGUCAUCAAAGUUGAACGAAGCCUCCAUGAACCCAUGUACCUCUUCCUAGCAAUGCUUGGAGCAACAGACAUUGCUCUCAGUACUUGCAUCUUACCGAAAAUGCUAGGAAUAUUCUGGUUUCACCUUCCAAACAUAUACUUUGAUGCUUGCCUCUUGCAGAUGUGGCUAAUUCACACAUUCCAGUGUAUUGAGUCAGGCAUUUUGUUUGCUAUGGCAGUGGAUCGUUAUGUGGCAAUCUGUGAUCCUCUAAGACAUGCAUCAAUUUUUACCCAGCGACUCCUCACUCAAAUAGGACUAGGAGUCACACUCAGAGCUGCCCUCUUUGUAGCUCCAUGUCUCAUUCUCAUCAAAUGCAGGUUGAAUUUUUACUGGACCACAGUUGUAUCCCAUUCAUACUGUGAGCACAUGGCGAUUGUCAAGCUGGCAGUAGAAGAUGUUCGUGUCAACAAGAUCUAUGGUCUUUUUGUGGCUUUCAGUAUACUUGGACUGGACAUAAUUUUCAUAACACUCUCCUACAUUAGAAUAUUUAUAACUGUCUUCAAACUGCCUCAAAAGGAAGCAAGACUCAAAGCCUUUAACACAUGCAUUGCCCACAUUUGUGUCUUCUUGGAGUUUUAUCUCCUAGCCUUCUUCUCCUUUUUUACACAUAGGUUUGGCUUCCACAUUCCAUCCUACAUUCACAUUCUCCUGUCUAACCUUUACCUACUUGUCCCACCUUUGCUCAACCCUAUUGUUUAUGGGGUGAAGACCAAACAAAUUCGAGAUCAAGUGUCCAGAAUUUUCUGCUGUAAUUAUCCUUCUUGAUUUUCAGUUUAUUUACUUUUGUUUCAAAUAACAAAUCUCACUCAAAACCCUUAGAUUUUGCUUGUAGGAUCUCUCUCUCUCUCUCUCUCUCUGUGUGUGUGUGUGUGUGUGUGUGUGUGUGUGUGUGUGUUGUACAUGUGCAUGGGAAAGCCAGAGGUCAAGAUACAGUCCACCUUGUUUCCUUGGCUUUUGUUUGUUUUUGCUUUGUAUUUUGUUUGUUUGAGAGUGGCCUCUGAUGGUCUGGGGUUCACAAUUAGACUGCUCUGGAAGGGAAGAGAACCCAAGGGCCCUAGUAGUCUUCAUCUACCAUUCCAGCCCUUGAACUAAAGCACAUGCCAUCACAGCCAGCUUUUUAUAUAAGGUCAGGGGGUUUGAUUUAUGUUUGA